AGAGGCACACCCACCUUCGAAAGAACAAUGCAUUGUGUGCCCUUGUGGGCGUUCUUGUGGCUUUGCCAUCAUCUCUACUACAGCCAAGCGGUGCCCAUCCGGAAAGUCCAAGAUGACACAAAAACCCUCACCAAGACCAUCAUCACCAGAAUCAAUGACAUCUCACACACGUACUCAAUCUCUGCCAAACAGAGGGUAACUGGCUUGGACUUCAUCCCAGGACUUCAUCCCUUCCAAAGUUUGUCAGACAUGGACCAGACUUUGGCCAUCUACCAGCAGAUCCUCUCCAAUCUGUCUUCCAGAAACAUGGUACAAAUAUCCAAUGACCUUGAGAACCUCAGGGACCUUCUCCAUUUGCUGGGUUCCUUAAAGAGCUGUCCCUUCGAUGAAGCUGAAGGUCUGAGUGCAUUGGGGAAUUUGGAAGGUGUCAUGGAAGCCUCGCUGUACUCCACCGAGGUGGUGACCCUGACCCGACUUCAGAAGUCCUUAUACAGCAUGCUCCAACAGCUGGAUCUCAUCCAUGGUUGCUGA